AUGGUCGACUCGUUUGGCGUCCUCGGUCUAAUUGGCACUAUAGACACUGUAAACCACCGAGGAGCGGAGCUCGUCGCGCUCUGCAAAGCAUUUGCAAAUGCCGAAAUUCAACUUCAUGAGAGCGUUGUGCGCGUCGAGGCUUGCUGGCUCAAGAUUCAGCUGCAACUCGAGUUCAUACGCAGGUUGGAGCCUCAGCUGAGUGAAUGGCAUAAAACCAUCCAGCAACGGGCGCUGGAGAUUCUACUGCAAAAGCUACACGCCGCAAACACCAGACUCUCAGGCUUAGUUAAAAAGUCUGAUGCUCUGCCAAAUGGCGCAGGCGAGGAGACCACCAUCGUCGAGGUCAAGCGACUCAGGUACGCAUUUACGAAGGACAGACUUGCCGACACAAUUACCGAUCUUGAAGUCUGGCAGGGUAUUUUUGACCCCAGCUGGUUUUUGAUGAUGAAGAUCGCAGGACCGGAGGUGGACCAGCAGCUCUACUUCAUGUCGCAACAACAACCACCUGUCUCAACGCACGAGGCAAAAGCACAUGCAGUUAUCCCUGUUACGCAGCAGCUGCGUCGCGCACUUAAACCUAUUGUAGACGAUGGCUCAAGAAAGACUGUCUUUCUACUUCCCGAGGGACUCAGCACUGAAAGCGUCCAAAACCUAGCUUACAGCCCGGUCCGCCUAGCUCGUCGAGCUGACAACGGCGAAUUGGUGGUGCUUGACCCCAUCACUUGCAUUUCCAGGGCAAACAUCAAUUCUGCACUGCGCGACAUUCGGAAUUUCGCAAGGCGACUGAAGCACACAGACCCUUUCACGUUUGGGCUGCUGGAAUGCAAGGGCAUCCUGAACGAGGAUGGUUCAGAUACGAAGCCUGGCACAGCUAUACCCCCAACAGGUCUGUCUUUCGUCUUGCGCAUGCCUCCGACACAUUCGCAUGCACAGAGUCUUCGCCAUCGACUGCUUAGCGGACCAAGCGGCGAACACGAUUCUCUAUCAGCACGUUUUGACCUAGCGAGACAGCUUGUCAAUGCAGUUAGUUAUGUGCAUCUGUAUGAGUUUGUGCAUAAGAACAUUCGACCCGAAACAAUACUUAUCCUCAGCAGAGGAAAUUAUGGAACUGAAAAUACCGAAAGAAACGAUGAGACGGCUAUUUUGGUCGGCUUCGACGUUCUCCGCGAUGCUGAAGGCAAAACGAAUCGUCUCGGCGAUGACGACUGGGAGAAGAACUUAUAUCGCCACCCACAACGGCAGGGCAAGACACUAAAGACAGACUACAAUAUGCGACACGACAUUUACAGCGUCGGCGUCUGUUUACUUGAGAUUGGAUUGUGGGGGAGUUUCGUUGAGUACGACAGAGUCGACGAGAAAGUCAAGUCUUCGUUAGGAACAACGCACUCUCGACCGUCUGGUUUAGGCUCUACAUUGGCAGCUGAAGAUGAUAGUACGAGCGGGCCUGAGCUCCUAAAAUCUCCUGAACGAGUCAAAGACAGGUUAUUGCAACUUGCAAGAGGCACCUUGAGACGGAGUAUGGGCAACAAGUAUAGCAAACUAGUGGAGACUUGCUUAACGUGCCUAGACGAGGGCAAUAAAGAUUUUCGAGAUGAUGGAGAGUUCAAGGAUGAAGAUGGAUUUGCCGUAGGGGCUAUGUACAUUGAGAAAGUUUUGCAAAAGCUAGGCGAGAUAUCUGUCUGA